AUGAAAAUGAGGAGGGAGAUGUUGGUUAUGAUGAUAAUAUGUGAAUUCAUGAUCGGUUUUUCAAAAGCACAACUCAGAGUUGGGUUUUACAAUAACGUGUGUCCCAACGCUGAGUCAAUUGUUGGUGGAUUUGUGAGGGAUGCAGCCAAGUCCGAUUCUCAUAUUCCUGCUAUCAUGCUUAGGCUUCACUUCCAUGACUGCUUUGUUGAGGGGUGCGAUGGGUCAAUUCUGAUAGAUGGUGUAAAAUCUCAAGAGAAAUCUGCAUUUGGACAUCAAGGGGUACAAGGUUUUGAUGUGAUAGAGAAUGCAAAAGCCAAGUUGGAAAGUGUGUGUCCUGGUGUGGUUUCUUGUGCAGAUAUUGUUGCCAUGGCUGCAAGAGAUGCUGUUGCCAUUAGUCAUGGGCCAGCUUAUGAGGUUGAAACUGGGAGGAAGGAUGGGCUGGUGUCGAAUGUAGAACUGGCUGACAGAUUGCCCGAUGUUAAAGAUUCAAUUCAGCUUCUCAAGCAAAAAUUCUUUGAAAAAGGCCUCAACGACAAAGACCUCGUGCUUCUCAGUGCUGCGCAUACCAUUGGUACAACGGCAUGUUUCUUCAUGACGCAACGACUGUACAACUUUAAAGAAGGUGGAGGUUUUGACCCGAGUAUAAACCCCAGUUUCCUUCCGGAACUGACAUCGACAUGCCCUAAAGGCGGGGAUGUAAACCUCCGCUUGCCGAUGGACCGUGGGAGUGGAGAGACCUUCGACAAUCAAAUUCUACAGAACAUUAGGAGUGGUUUAGCAGUGCUACAAUCGGAUGCGCAACUAAUGGAUGAUCCGACGACAAAGGGAAUAGUGAAUUCAUAUUUUGAAACGGGGGCGUCUUUUGAGGCGGAUUUCGUGAAUUCCAUUGUGAAAAUGGGUCGAAUCGGAACCAAGGACAGCUCUAACGGAAAUAUUAGACGCGUGUGUAGCUCGUUUAAUUAGAAUUGAAUGAUUUUACCCUCACAUCACAUACUUGUUUUCGUUAUAUACGUAAUUGAUCAUAUUACUAGCAUUU